AUGAGCUCUACUAAUUUAAGUGAAGAUUGUGAGAACCAAAUUGAUCCAGAUGUUGAUGUUUACCUCAGUCAAAUUUGUGAAAAGGAUCUCGACCAAGCAAGGUUCAACCAGCUAACAACUGCUGAUGAAAUUGAAAAUAUUAUUAAUGAAGUCAAGCCCAGAAAUACCAUUAAACAGGAGCUUUGGGCUGUGAAAAUUUGGUCAUCUUGGGCUUCAACACGUCUCUCGUCUUCUUCAACUUCUUCCAACUGUAGAUCAAUACCUAUCAACUUGAGUAAUAACAGUUACAUUGAUUUCGAAGAUUUUGAAUAUUGGUUGCCCUACUUUGUGAUGGAGGUUAGAAACAAAGACGGAGAAGAGUAUUCACCGAACUCCAUCAAACAAAUAAUGACUAAUUUGUUUCGAUACCUCAAAGAUAAUUGUCAUUACCCUGGUUUAAGUUUUGUUGACAGAAAAUCACCAUUCUUCAAAAUAAUUGAAGCAAGAAUGAAGAAAAUGAGAAUCAAUGGUUUAGGUUUGCAAUUGAAAAAAGCUGAUGUUGUCACGGCUGAUGAUGAAGAAAAAUUAUGGGCAACGAAAGUCAUUAAUAUGGAUACAUCGAGCGGACUUUUUGCCGCAGUGUUUUUUUAUACAGGCAAAACUCUUGCACUGCGGGGACGUGAAGAGCAUAGAAAGCUCAAUAUCGAGCAAUUCGAGCUCAAGACUGAUUCUCAAGGAGUUGAUUUCCUUCAUUUUUGGCCGAAAUAUCUUGAACAUUUACCUGAGAAGAAAGGCCCAUUUUAUCGAAGACCUAUUGAUCAUGAAUCAAAGAUUGCCUUUUCUACUGCUCCAGUUGGAAUAAAUACACUUGCAAAGAUGCUAAAGACUCUUUUCAUCAAAGCAGAUAUUGAUAUCAGUUCAAGGCAAAUCUCCAAUCAUGGUCUUAGAGCAACUGCUGUUACUGACUUAAUUAAGUCAGGUUUUGAAACUGCAGUCAUCAAGAAGAGAACUGGUCACCGUAGUGACGCUAUAGAUGCGUAUUUUCGCUCGGAUACAACUUCGCAUAAAUCAACUUCACUUGCUUUGGACCCUCCAUUAGAGCUAAGCUCUACGGAAAUAAAUAAUAAAAAUACUAAUGUUAAUCAUGUUGAGCCUAAUGAAAUUGCUAAAGUUUCAACAGAAAGUGUUUCAUCUGUUUCAUCUGUCAAUGAUAACGAUAAGGUAAAAGAUGAAGACAAAGAGAUUAGUCUCAAUCUCAGACUUGGUAACAAAAAAAUAAAAAUUGAUAUCUCUUUGUAG